AUGGCGAAUCACGGUGGCCGCCGCCGCAACGAGUGGGAGCAGUGGAAUCAAGCAGGCUCCGGCAGGCGACGCAGGAAUGCUAUGCACCAAGAUUUCCACGUGAAGCGCGGCCAGGCUUACACGCACCACAUCGCAGAGGAAACGCCUUACAACCGUGACUUUCGCACCCAGGUUCCCCAAUUUCAGAGGAUGCCUGCGGCCAUGCCCGGAUGCUGCACGUCGAAUACCUCCUUUGCAAUGCCGCCAGUCGUCUCCAACCAUACGCUGAUGCAGAAUGCAAUCGGGUGGGGAAGCUUCCAUCACCCGCCCGCACCUGUCAGCAAUCAUGUGCAAGUCGUCCUGGAUAACAUCCUGCGUUUGCAGUGCAUGGGACCUGUUCAGGCCGAACUCAUGCUCAAAUUUGCAGCUGCCCAGCAAGGGCCCUAUACAGAUUAA